AGCCCCUGGGCUGGUAGCGGCUUUGAAACCUUGUUCUCUGGCACCAUGAGCGGACGUAGUAGGGGUCGAAAGUCUUCCCGCGCCAAAGGCCGGGGCAAAGGCCGGGCCAGAGCCCGCGUCCGGGCCGCUGCGGAAGACGCCUGGCACGACGAAAAGCCGCCACAGAGCCCGCGGCUCGAGGAGGACUGCGGGGCGGCCGCGCAGGUGCAGGCCGGCGCUGCUCAGGGAGGCGCGGAACCAGCCGAGCCGCGGGAAGAGGCGGCCUGCCGCCUCCCGCUGGACUGCGGCCUGGCGUUGCGGGCUCGGGCUGCAGGCGAGCGCGGGCUGGAGGCCCCUGAUCCGGACCUGGAGAGGGCCCGUUCCCUCGCCGAGCGCCUGACCAGCGACACCAGCUUCGUGGGAACCGUGGGAGCCUUGGCGAAGCUGCGACGCGGCUCCCGCAUUGGAAAUCGGCGAGUCCCCGGGAGGAAGGCCCCAGAUACUCGGAGCGCCACGGGGAGGGGACCUCAGGCCACAGUUAGUGGGAAGCCGAAGAUGGCCUCUGCGGGGCUGUGCGCCGCUGCUCCAGUGGGGGAGGAAAAAAAGAUGACAGAGAAGCAUGCUGGGGCAGGGUCUCCCGCGACAGUGGGCAGCAUGGAUACCCUAGAGACGGUCCAGCUAAAGCUAGAGACCAUGAACGCACAGGCUGACAGGGCAUAUCUCAGGCUUUCCCGCAAGUUUGGCCAGUUGCGACUUCACCACUUAGAGCGCCGGAACCUCCUCAUCCAGAGCAUUCCGGGCUUCUGGGGGCAAGCCUUUCAGAACCAUCCCCAGCUGUCAGCUUUUCUGAAUACCAAAGAUAAGGAGGUAUUGAGCUAUUUGAACAGACUGGAGGUGGAAGAACUUGGCCUUGCCAGGUUGGGCUACAAAAUCAAGUUCUACUUUGGCCGAAACCCCUAUUUCCAAAAUAAGGUGCUCAUUAAGGAAUAUGGGUGUGGUCCAUCCGGUCAAGUGGUGUCUCGUUCAGCUCCAAUCCAGUGGCUCCCAGGCCAUGAUCUACAAUCCCUAAGCAAGGAAAACCCAGAAAACAAUGGUAGCUUCUUUGGGUGGUUUUCAAAUCACAGCUCUAUUGAGUCUGACAAGAUUGUUGAGAUAAUUAAUGAGGACCUGUGGCCCAAUCCUCUACAGUACUACCUGAUCAGUGAAGAAGCCCGUGGAGAGAAAGGAAAGGAAGAAAGGCCAGGUCCAGCAAAACAGAGCCCUGCACCUGCAGUGAGGCAGCCCAACUGAUCCGGCACAGAUCUCCCUACCGACCUCUUGCUGGACCUGUUAGGCUGACCACGUGGGUUUGGUUGUCUGCCUUCUGUUCGUACCAUACGUGGUAGCCACUUUGGACUUAUCUUCAAGAAUGUGACAUUUGUGAUAAUAUUCUCUGCUUCCCCAUGACCUCACCUUGUCACAACAGUGUUGCGCGUGUGACAUUCUCACUGUUUGUGUAUCAAUCACUUCGGAUAUAUGACUUUCUCUAUCCAGUCCCUAUUCUUAGCUCUAGCUCUUCCCGCUUUCCUUUCACCUGGACAUUCUGAGUCAUUGUCCAGAUAGAUAUUCAAGCUAUGCUACUUCAUGGCCAGUCAGGCUGGGCUUUGUGUCCAUUUUAACCAUGCAUGUUAUCAGUGGCAAGAUUUUCCAUUGCUAUCACAAAAUGAAGCCAGUGCUUUUAUUCUGUGGGUAUGGAGACAUCAACCAAGGUUCUUCCUAUUUUGUUUCCCACUUCAGCCUAGGUCCAGCAAACCACUGGUGUGGAUGAGGACAAGGGAAAACAAGAGUAUGUUCUGUUCACAUCAUACAUCUCUUCUUGCCUCAUAGACAGUCCACAAGUGAACCCUCCUCAUAGUCUGGCUAUGCCUGGCUGCAGUAAGCCUAUUGCCUUUUGGCUAGGUCGGUGUUAUUGGCUCCAUCUUGUUUAUCAAAGACCUCAAGAACUGCCUAUGGACCCAGUACAAGGCAGGAAGAACAGUGCCAGUAGCAGGACAAAGAAGAGGCGGGAUGACUUGGAUUGGGCAGAUAAGAGUUCAAGAGGUGACCUUGAGCCAAAUAAAGAAGACCCAAACAUAGGAAGAAGUACUGAGGCCAGAGAGAGAAACCGGAAAAAAAGAGGACUUUGAUCCUAGGAUGAGGGGUGACUCUGUGUAUGCACCUUGCUGGCCAUGAGCUUCUCUCAUACUUGAGUGCUGGGACUUCAGAUUUACACAACAAAGCUGUUUGGGAAUCUCUUCUAUGUCUCCUAGGAAAGGGGAUGGAUUGUUUUGAAGAAAUAAGGC